UUUUCAGCGUAUGUUCCUGCAGAAGAGUUAAAGGCAGCUGAAACUGAAGAAGAUAAUUUGGAAGAUGAUGGCCUCUCCCUAGAUGUUCAGGAUAGCGAAUAUUUAUACAAUGAUGAACAUGAAAUCAAAGAGACUCAGAGCUACCAAAACUCUCCCAUUAGCAGUGCAACCAAUCCGGAUGCUGGCUAUGGUUCGCCAUUUAGUGAGGCAAGUGACCAUCUAGCAGAUUUCAAAAGUACCUCCUCUAAAGAGGGACAGGAUAAAGAAGAUGGACAGAGUACAGAAAAUGCGUCUUACCCUACAGACAGCUUGGCACAAAUCAAAGCAGUGUAUACAAAUUUACUCUCAGAAUGCUGCUGGUCUAAUUUAGCACUAGAUUUGAAAAAAUCUAAUGAAAAAGCAAGUCCAACAACAAACACAGAUAAAAGCAGCAAGAGUGAGGCAAGUGGUCCAACAUCUGAUCCUGGUACACCGACUACUAUCACAAGCAGCAGUUGUACAAAUACAAGUACUAGUAUUUGUGUUACAACAAGUAAUAGCGCCAUUAGUAAUACUGCUUCAGGAUAUGAUUGGCACCAAGCUGCUUUAGCCAAAACGUUGCAACAAACUUCAUAUGGACUUCUGCCAGAGCCCAGCCUCUUCAGCACAGUGCAACUCUAUAGGCAAAGUAAUAAACUUUACGGAUCUGUUUUUACUGGUGCCAGUAAGUUCAGAUGCAAGGAUUGCAGUGCAGCCUACGACACUUUGGUAGAACUAACUGUACACAUGAAUGAAACAGGUCACUAUCGUGAUGACAAUAGAGACCGGGAGGCAGAAAGAACAAAGCGUUGGUCUAAACCCAGAAAAAGAUCACUCAUGGAAAUGGAAGGGAAAGAGGAUGCCCAGAAGGUGUUAAAAUGCAUGUACUGUGGACAUUCAUUUGAAUCAUUGCAGGAUCUCAGUGUCCACAUGAUCAAAACAAAGCAUUACCAAAAAGUGCCUCUGAAAGAGCCAGUACCAGCUAUCACAAAACUCGUCCCUUCCACAAAAAAGCGAGCACUUCAAGACAUUGCUUUGCCAGAUUCACCUGAACAAGCAGGGAUUUCCCCUGGAGCUUCUGUGAGUGAAUCUGCAAAGGACCCAAAAGCUGCCAAUCCUUAUGUGACUCCUAAUAAUCGAUACGGCUACCAAAAUGGUGCUAGUUACACUUGGCAAUUUGAGGCAAGAAAAGCGCAAAUUUUAAAGUGCAUGGAGUGUGGCAGCUCCCACGACACAUUGCAACAGCUUACUGCUCAUAUGAUGGUCACAGGUCACUUCCUGAAAGUGACAAACUCAGCCUCCAAGAAGGGAAAGCAGUUAGUAAUGGAUGCAGUCUUGGAAGAGAAAAUCCAGUCUAUACCUUUGCCCCCAACAACGCAUGCACGCCUCCCAGCAACCUAUAUAAAAAAGCCACCGGAUUCACCCACUGGAUCAACCCAUUCUGAGGAGAAAAAGGAUCCCGAAAAGGAGAAAGUAAACAUUGGUGAGGUAGAAAAAAAGAUCAAAGAGGAAAAUGAGGACCCUGAAAAGAUUGAACCAGCAACUCUUUAUCAGUACCUCAGAGAAGAGGAUUUAGAUGACAGUCCAAAGGGAGGACUAGAUAUUUUAAAAUCACUUGAAAACACUGUGUCCAGUGCAAUCAGCAAAGCUCAAAAUGGAGCACCUUCAUGGGGUGGAUAUCCCAGCAUCCAUGCUGCUUAUCAAUUGCCAGGUACUAUAAAAGCUUUGCAGCCAUCUGUUCAGAGUGUUCAGAUUCAGCCAUCAUAUGCCAGCAGUGUAAAGACCAUGUCUUCUGAUCAUAAUGCUUUGAUCCAUUCUCCUGGGAGCUUAACACCACCACCUCAUAAAAGCAAUGUUUCUGCAAUGGAGGAGCUAGUAGAGAAAGUGACAGGUAAAAUCAAUGUUAAAAAAGAAGAAAAAGUAUUGGAGAAAGAGAAGGUGAUUUCAGCAAAACCACCAUCCCCAAUGGCAAAAGAAAACAAGGAGAUACUCAAACCAGAGGAAGCAAACAGCAAAACUCUAAAGAAACAUAACGAGGCUGAAAUUCAGAAACCCAAGAAGGAGACUCCGAUAGAGUCCCAUGCACUCAAUGGUACAGAGCCGCUUAAAGCUAAAGUUACUAAUGGCUGCAACAGUUUAGGAAUUAUAACAGACCAUUCACCUGAGCAAUCUUUUAUUAAUCCUCUCAGUGCAUUGCAAUCCAUCAUGAACACUCAUUUAGGUAAAGUCUCAAAGCCAGUAAGCCCUUCAUUGGAUCCUUUGGCUAUGUUGUAUAAAAUUAGCAACAGCAUGCUAGAUAAACCUAUUUAUCCCACAACCCCCAUGAAGCAAGUAGAAUCCAUUGACCGCUAUUAUUAUGAAGAUAGUGACCAGCCAAUUGACUUGACAAAAUCCAAAAACAAACCUCUUGUGACAAGUAUCACAGACCCUGUUUCAUCACCCCUGCGGGAAAGUGCACUGAUGGAUAUUUCUGAUAUGGUGAAAAACCUCACAGGUCGUUUAACUCCAAAAUCAUCAACUCCAUCCACUGUGUCGGAAAAGUCUGACGCAGAUGGAAGCAGUUUUGAGGAAGCUUUGGAUGAAUUGUCACCUGUACACAAAAGGAAAGGCAGGCAAUCCAACUGGAACCCUCAGCAUCUCCUUAUUCUUCAAGCUCAGUUUGCUUCCAGCUUACGAGAGACAGCUGAAGGCAAGUAUAUCAUGUCGGAUCUCGGUCCACAAGAACGGGUUCACAUCUCUAAAUUUACCGGCCUUUCAAUGACUACAAUUAGCCACUGGCUGGCCAAUGUCAAAUAUCAAUUGAGGAGGACAGGGGGAACUAAAUUUUUAAAGAAUUUGGAUACAGGUCACCCUGUUUUCUUUUGCAAUGAUUGUGCCUCUCAAUUCCGAACUGCUUCAACAUAUAUUGGUCAUUUAGAGACACAUCUAGGUUUUAGCUUGAAGGAUCUGUCAAAGCUUUCACUCAAUCAGAUUCAAGAACAGCAGAAUGUUACAAAAGUCAUCACCAAUAAGGCUUUAAGUUCUGUAGGACUCAUUGAGGAGGACUCAGGCUCCACAUUCCAGUGUAAGCUCUGCAACCGAACUUUUGCAAGCAAGCACGCAGUUAAACUGCACCUUAGUAAAACACAUGGGAAAUCUCCAGAGGACCAUGUGAUAUAUGUAACUGAAUUAGAGAAACAGUGA